AUGCCGCUGCUCCAGCCCAGUCGGCCUGACGGCUGUUCCAUCCCUCAUGGGGCUGAAGCUGCCGGUCGCGAGGCAGGAGGCCUGCCGCAGCCGGCAAGCACCCUCUCUGGAGCGUCAUCGUCUCGUGUUCUAGGUAGACUUCGAGUCCAGGCUCUCUCCUCCCUUGGCGCUCCUUCCUUUUUCGGAGCUGCCUGCCUUGCGCUCGCGUUCGUCGUUGCCUCUCUCGUUUCACUUCCAGCAUUCGCUGGGUCCUCCGAGGGCUCUGUCCUGUCCGCAGCAGGGUUCACUACGGCGUCUGAGGCUGUCGCCUCUUCCGGAACAGGAGAGUUGCCGGGGUCUGUGUCGAAAGGCACUUUCCUCCAGUCCAUCUCCCCGCACAACGACGAGCCCAGCCGUGCCGAAGACCUGAAUGCCCAGCCUCCGAACAGCUCUGGAAAAGACGUCGUUUCUCUCGCGAACGCAUUUAACCACGUGGUGGAGCCUGUUGCGAACGCAGGAGAAGCCGUAGCGAUGGCUGCCGCUGACAUGGCAGCUGCGGUGUCCGCGGCGGGAGGAGCUGCUGCGCCGAUGGCUCAGGCCGGCAGUUUCAUUCAGAUGCAUACCAACGCGAUGAGCCGCGCGGGAGGCGAGGGAGAGGGGAGGAGUUUGUCGGUACGCGGUUCGCGCGUCUUGGGUCAGGAACUUGGAAGGAGCGUGUCGAACAAACGCCAAAACAAAAGCGCGAAGGUCAGCUCACAAGCAGUGCCGCUCCGCAAGGGAGCAAAUAAGGUUGCUCGUGUGGAUCAAGUUCCUUCCACCUUUUCUCAGCAGACGGUCCAAGGGAGGUUCCAGCGAGUGAGGGCGGCGACGCACGCUUCUGUCUUUACUUCUGUUCCCACGGACAGGAGUCGUAGCACGCCCGCACAGGACUCCACAACGGCUCCAGAGAAUCCGCAACCGCGCAAGUCAUUCCGCUCGCGGGCACAGCUUCGCCGGCCGAUGCCGCGUCCGGCCCAAGAGCAAGGAGAACAGGCGACACAGGCCGUGCAGGCCGAACCCAGUCAAGAGGCUCACGUGCGCGACGUACAGCAGCAAGUGCAAGACGCGCAGAAGCAGGCUGAAGAGGCGCUCCAGCAGGCCGAAGAGGCCAUAGAUAAGGCUCAAAAGGCACAGGAGGCGCUGGAAAACGCGCACCAGGCACAAGAGGCAAAGCACGGCCAGCAAGACGAGCAUACUUUGCGGCCGCUCCUCCCCGAGGGAACCGAAGAGGACACGCAUCAACCGCCUGUCGCACUCGGCUCCGCAGCGACACUCGGCGCUAAAGCCGACGUUUCCGCAGAGCUUCGCAAAGCGGGCAUGCAGCAGUGGCAAGAUUUACGCUUGCAACAGCAAGCAAUUGACAUUGAACUGCAACACUUGCACGCGCUGGAGGCGCACGUGGCGGCGCAAGAGCGGCGAGCUGCCGAGAUACUCGGAAAGAUUGACUGCGCUUCCGGAGACGGCUGCGGCCCAUGCGAGACGACAGGAGUCCACUACCCGCCCAAUAACGCCGGUCCGCCUACUCGCCCGCAACCAAGUGAGCCGGAGACAGUGUCCCCUCCGGAAGUGAGGCCGAUGCCCGAGCCAGGGCACCCAGAAGGACAAGAGGCAGCGCCGGACACAGUGUCCCCUCCGGAAGUGAGCCCGAUGCCCGAGCCAGGGCACCCAGAAGGACAAGAGGCAGCGCCGGAGACAGUGUCCCCUCCGGAAGUGAGGCCGAUGCCCGAGCCAGGGCAUCCAGAAGGACAAGAGGCAGCGCCGGAGACAGUGUCCCCUCCGGAAGUGAGCCCGAUGCCCGAGCCAGGGCACCCAGAAGGACAAGAGGCAGCGCCGGAGACAGUGUCCCCUCCGGAAGUGAGGCCGAUGCCCGAGCCAGAGCACCCAGAAGGACAAGAGGCAGCGCCGGAGACAGUGUCCCCUCCGGAAGUGAGCCCGAUGCCCGAGCCAGAGCACCCAGAAGGACAAGAGGCAGCGCCGGAGACAGUGUCCCCUCCGGAAGUGAGGCCGAUGCCCGAGCCAGAGCACCCAGAAGGACAAGAGGCAGUGCCGGAGACAGUGUCCCCUCCGGAAGUGAGCCCGAUGCCCGAGCCAGAGCACCCAGAAGGACAAGAGGCAGCGCCGGAGACAGUGUCCCCUCCGGAAGUGAGCCCGAUGCCUGAGCCAGGGCACCCAGAAGGACAAGAGGCAGCGCCGGAGACAGUGUCCCCUCCGGAAGUGAGCCCGAUGCCCGAGCCAGGGCACCCAGAAGGACAAGAGGCAGCGCCGGAGACAGUGUCCCCUCCGGAAGUGAGCCCGAUGCCCGAGCCAGGGCACCCAGAAGGACAAGAGGCAGCGCCGGAGACAGUGUCCCCUCCGGAAGUGAGCCCGAUGCCCGAGCCAGGGCACCCAGAAGGACAAGAGGCAGCGCCGGAGACAGUGUCCCCUCCGGAAGUGAGCCCGAUGCCCGAACCAGGGCACCCAGAAGGACAAGAGGCAGCGCCGGAGACAGUGUCCCCUCCGGAAGUGAGCCCGAUGCCCGAGCCAGGGCACCCAGAAGGACAAGAGGCAGCGCCGGAGACAGUGUCCCCUCCGGAAGUGAGGCCGAUGCCCGAGCCAGAGCACCCAGAAGGACAAGAGGCAGUGCCGGAGACAGUGUCCCCUCCGGAAGUGAGCCCGAUGCCUGAGCCAGGGCACCCAGAAGGACAAGAGGCAGCGCCGGAGACAGUGUCCCCUCCGGAAGUGAGGCCGAUGCCCGAGCCAGGGCACCCAGAAGGACAAGAGGCAGCGCCGGAGACAGUGUCCCCUCCGGAAGUGAGCCCGAUGCCCGAGCCAGGGCACCCAGAAGGACAAGAGGCAGCGCCGGAGACAGUGUCCCCUCCGGAAGUGAGACCGAUGCCCGAGCCAGGGCACCCAGAAGGACAAGAGGCAGCGCCGGAGACAGUGUCCCCUCCGGAAGUGAGCCCGAUGCCCGAGCCAGGGCACCCAGAAGGACAAGAGGCAGCGCCGGAGACAGUGUCCCCUCCGGAAGUGAGCCCGAUGCCCGAGCCAGGGCACCCAGAAGGACAAGAGGCAGCGCCGGAGACAGUGUCCCCUCCGGAAGUGAGCCCGAUGCCCGAGCCAGAGCACCCAGAAGGACAAGAGGCAGCGCCGGAGACAGUGUCCCCUCCGGAAGUGAGCCCGAUGCCCGAGCCAGGGCACCCAGAAGAACAAGAGGCAGCGCCGGAGACAGUGUCCCCUCCGGAAGUGAGCCCGAUGCCCGAGCCAGAGCACCCAGAAGGACAAGAGGCAGCGCCGGAGACAGUGUCCCCUCCGGAAGUGAGCCCGAUGCCCGAGCCAGGGCACCCAGAAGAACAAGAGGCAGCGCCGGAGACAGUGUCCCCUCCGGAAGUGAGCCCGAUGCCCGAGCCAGGGCACCCAGAAGGACAAGAGGCAGCGCCGGAGACAGUGUCCCCUCCGGAAGUGAGCCCGAUGCCCGAGCCAGGGCACCCAGAAGGACAAGAGGCAGCGCCGGAAACAUCACACCCCGGAGUGCCCGAGACGACCCCUGAGGCAGUUCCGCCGGCAGAGCAAGAGGCAGCGCCUGUCCCCGAGACAGCACCAUCGACGGGGGCGGAGUCGGAUUUAGGGACUGAGCAUCAUAACGGUCUCGAAAUAGAAGAAAAGGCUUCGCAUUCAAAUGCCUCCAGCGAUUUGGGAAUGGGUGACAUGCUGGCAGGGGUGCCCUCCACUGCAAAUCUCGAAGAGUUCGAACUUGACGAGUACGCGCGUGUUGCGCCUCAGUCCAAGGCGGCUCAGCAAGUUCGGGGCGUCCCAGUGCAGGAGACUCGGCAGUGCGAGACGGAUGCUUCGGCGUGCAAAGGAGAUGAGAACGCAGUGAACAAGGUGAACGAGUACCUGAGCGGCCUCGGCUCUCUGAACUGCCCCUGCCGCCAGCUGUUGGCGAACCUCGUCUGCAAUUUGAUCGUCAACCAGAGUGACCUAGCGUCGAGCGGAGCCGCCCGGAUUGACACGCCUGACGCGGGCACCGCCACUCUCACACUUUCCGGAGCUACGUGCACCGCCCUGAAGCAGUCGUGCCCCCAAGUAGCUGCCCAGACACUGCUGGCAACGACCCUGCCAAGCAUGUCCGAGCAGGCGACGACGGGUGCGGCUGCUGCGGUGCCUGUGCAGUUCCGGGCGACAGUGCCUCAGGGGGACAGCGUGGCGUCCUUCGUGGAAACCCAGGCAGCAGUGAAGGGCGACCUGAAGCUCCAAGCCUUGACUCGGGCUGCUCAAAAGGUCGGUGCGAGGGUUUCCGAGAGUAUCAUUCGCAAGGUGCGCAUGCAGAGACAAAUUCAAGCCGACGCGGUCGCGGGUUUCGCCGAGCUAGUCCAGUCGCGCGCUCCCCUGGCUGCCACAGCGGCGUCAUUCUUCGGGGACUCAAGUCAGCAGACAAUGUGGACAUUUGCGUCCACUCCCGCGGAGGCAUGCCGCCUCGUGGACUCUGUCAUUCCUGUUCCUAUGCCCGUCGACACCAACGACCGUCGCAUUUCCAAAGUGGUGGUCCAGGGCGCGAACGACGAGACGAUUGCUCUCAGUCUCGUGUAA